AUGGUCUCUACGCUCAUCCCUCCCAAGAUUGCCUCGCCUUCGGGCAUUGGUGCCUCCGCCGACGCCGCCCGCAUGCAGCGUGUCGUCUCGUUCUACGAGAGACUCCCUCGCGGUCCCGCUCCCGAGCACAAGCCCUCCGGCCUCCUCCAGAGAUACCAGCACCGCUACUUCAACGGCAAGAACCCUUCGGCCAUGCCUCUGGUUCACGUUGUUGGCGCCAUGAUCCUCCUCGGUUACGCCCAGAACUACUACUUCCACUUGCGUCACCACAAGAACAACGCCCACUAA